AGUUUGGUUAGCCCUCCUUCAAAAUCAUCCAAACACGACCUAAACUUAUUGAGGAAGCCCACGAAGUGGCAAUCUGAGAAAAUCCCAACUGUCCUAAGGCAUGAAAGAAAAAAAGAGAGAAAAAAAAUCUGAAUAUAUAAAUAAAUUGACUAUCAAAAAACUGAAAACAAAAUAAAAAAGAGCAGAAACCCACUGAUUUUGUUAGUUAAAAGAAAGAAAGAAGAAGCUCUCUGAAAUCGCAUGCAGAUUUAAGCAGGAGCAGAUCAGAGCAGCAGUUACUACUCUUACAUGAUUGUUAAUUGACGAGCAGGAGAGGAAUCUGUUUAAAAUUGUGAAAUCUUGUUUGUUUGAGACUUGAAUGUUAGAAGGAAGAAACUAAUUGAUAAGAUUAGACAACACAGAGAUGUUCUCGUUGUUUUAUGGCCUUUGGAAGUAUAUAUUUAGUAAGACAGAGUUUCAUGUGCUCAUUCUUGGAAUCGACAAGGCUGGGAAGACGACAUUGCUGGAGAAAUUGAAGUCAGUGCACUCGAACUUGGAAGGCCUUCCUCCUGAUCGAAUUAUUCCUACUGUUGGACUAAAUAUUGGUCGUAUUGAAUUGGCAAAUUCAAAACUGGUGUUUUGGGAUCUAGGAGGUCAGCCUGGUCUUCGCUCAAUUUGGGAGAAAUAUUACGAAGAGGCACAUGCUGUGAUUUAUGUAAUUGAUGCUGCUUGCCCAUCACGUUUUGAAGAUGCAAAAUCUGCGUUGGAAAAGGUUCUUAGGCACGAUGAUCUGCAGGGAGCCCCUCUUUUGAUAUUAGCAAACAAGCAGGAUCUAACUGAUGCUGCAUCAGCAGAAGAGCUUGCUCGAUAUCUAGACCUUAAGAAGUUGGAUGAAAGGGUUUACAUUUUCGAAGCUGUUUCAGCAUAUGAUGGGAUGGGGAUCAAAGAAAGUGUAGAAUGGCUCGUGGAGGUAAUGGAACGAAGCAAGAGAACUGAGAUGUUAAGAGCUCGUGCUGGUGUAACUGGCCCUGGUGCUUAGAGAUUGUCCAAUGCAGUUGUUUCUCCUGCUUUUUGUAGCAGCUGUAAAUAAACAGAGAUUGGAUUUGAUUUUACAUGACAGAGUCCGUCCAUUUUUCAAUCUCCCCUGCAGCAGCACACCUUCUUAUCUACUAUGCCCAGUGCCUGUUUUUUGACUGCUAAAUGUUCAGAAGAUACUUUAAUUCUAUCGUUACACUGCAAUGGAGCAAGUCAGAGGAGGGAGGACACUCCAUAUCUGCUAAGAAUGACCAAGGUUGUUGGUGCAUUAUGUUACUGCAUUUGCCGUUUGAAAUGCUUUUACUACCAAAAUUUAAAAUAGUCGAGGUGCAUUAAUGUCCUCAUAUAAAGGUAUUAGAGGAGUUCAAGAUAUCAAUUGUUCCAUUUUACCAAAGAAUUCUAAUUAUUGUUCAUAAAUUGAAACCCACAAGAUUUUCUUAACAGAUUCAAGUUCAUGGAA